AUGCCCUUCUAUACCCCUGGAGGUUUACAGAAUGAAAAAAAUCAAAUACUUAAACCCACUACAAGGCAAAACAUCUAUACCCCUUCCAGGUUGAAACAAGCUACCAAUGUUACAGACCUGUCUGAUCAAGACCUAGAUCUCCUAGCAAAACAACUAAAUGUUUCACCAACGAAUAAACCAGUCACAUCCGUGACUUCAUUGAAGUCAAAAUUUGGUUCUCCAUCGGCAACGGUAUCUUCAUUCAAAUUGACCCCCAAAUCUUCGACCAGCAGCAACACAUCAAACAAAGAGCUUGGUCAUGACAUUGAUGAUGAAACGCCUACUUGGGCUAGGAAAAAUUACAAAGACCUUUUAAAUAAGUCACCAGUUAGGUCCACGCCAAAGUUACAACAAACAUCCCCUGGGGUUGGCAAUGGGUCCAAAAGGAUCGGAUUCACAUCGCCCGGUAAUAAUUCAUCUACAAGCUCUCCCGGAUAUGAAUAUCUUUGUAGAAUCGAAGCAAUAAGACAAUGGAUGGAAGAGGUUUUGAGGGAGCAGAUUCCUCAACCUCCUGUUGAGCUAAUUUCCUACAUAAGAAAUGGUAUCUAUCUUGCCAAGUUAGCUAAUGUCAUUUUACCGACCCAGCGAAUUGUAUUUAUGGAUGAUAAAAGGCUUCAAUUCAGGCAUACAGAAAAUAUUAAUCGAUUCUUUCACUUGUUAGAUUUCUUGAAUGUACCAGAUUUGUUUCGAUUCGAACUCACUGAUCUAUACGAUGCCAAAAAUGUGCCAAAGGUGUGGUUUUGUUUACACGCUUUGAGUUACAUCUUGAACAAAAGUGACACACGUUAUCCCAAGAUGAGCGAUUUGAUGAACAAACUUGAAUUUGAGAGUGAUGAUAUAAUUGCUGCGAAUAAGGCAUUAUUGAGUGCACAUUUGCCCAACUUUACUAGUGCAGACACAGGUAGCACCAAUGAGGAUUCAAAAUUUAUGAACAAUGUGAUGGCUCCCGCUAAAGCUAACUUGGAGAGAAUUAGCCCCAAUCCUUUCAUAGAGAAAACGAAACCAAAUUUGACCCCACCUGAUAAAUUUGAAAUCAAAUCAAGGACUUUAGAUUUUGAAACCAGGCAACAAAAGCCAAGUCUAGCUUUAUUUUCGAACUCAAAACUAGACCAUCUCAGCAGCAAUGAGUUGGUGGAGAACAACCUGCAUAUCGUCAAGUUACAAUCUUUGGCAAGAGGAGCAAAUUUCAGAUACUCGAUGUUUGUUGACAAAAUUAUGCUUAAAUCAUACGAAGAUGAUUUAACUCGUCUUUGCUCUGUCAUCCGUGGUAACAUAUCUCGAUCAAAAACCAUACACAGACACAGAGGUGAACUUAGAGCAUUCAGUUACGAGAUUGUAGAGUUGCAAUCCUUGAUAAGGAGAAAGAAUGCAAGUAUUAAUAAGCCACAACUACAAGACGAAAAUAUCACCUAUCUUCAAUCUAUAAUCAGAGGAAAAUCUGUAAGAGAAAAGAUUUAUGAGAAGAGGCUUGCUUUAGCCACAAUAAAGUCAAAUAUAACUCAGCUUCAGGCUAUUAUCAAGAUGAGAUUCGUCCACAGCAGAGUCAAAGUACUUGUUUUGCAUAAAGACGGGAUAUUGCCUCCUAUAACGGAAUUACAAGCUGUUUGUCGCAGCAAGCUAUACAGGAAAUAUUCGAGCUCCCGCGAUGUUGAUGCCUCCAAAAUUAUCGAAUUGCAAUCAAUAAUUAGAAGAGAUGCAGUAAUUCAAGAGAUCAAUAAAAAACACAUGAUAGUACGAUCCACCAAGAAGAAAAUAAUCGAACUUCAAAGUAUUGCUCGAGCAGGAGUAGCACGAUCUCGUUUGUGCGAUAGUGUGCUUGUAACCUUGAUAAAUGAGGAUGAAACUUUAAGCAACCUUUCGGCAUUUCACCGUGGGGAAAAAGUUAGAAGGUCAAUUCAAAAUACCAAUGCAGAAUUGAACAAGUUGCAAUACUCUUCCAUAAUUCCAAUUCAAACGUUAUUCAGAGGGGUUCUCGGAAGGUUCAAAUAUGAAAUUGUUUUGGAUGAGAUUUACGAACAUGUUGGGUCUAUCAUGACUCUUCAGGCCAAGAUUCGAGCAAAUUCUGUGAAGAGUACCAUCAGUGUAAUCAUGCCUCAUUAUGACUAUCAUAUUGACAUGGUAAUUAGAUCACAGGCCAUCAUUCGUAGAACUUUGGCACAAAGGGCGUAUAAAUCCCUCAUAACUAGUACAAGUCCAUCUUUGGUAGUGUUGAGACAAUUUGCUCACCUUUUGUCCAAUGGUGAUGGUGAUUUCGAAAAAGAGCUUCAAUUGUCGAGAGUAAAGGAUUUGAUUAUUGAAAAAUCGAAAAGUAAUGAAAAAUUGGAAGGUCAAAUUGAAAAUAUUGACUUGAAAUUAAGCCUCUUGCAUAAAAACAAGAUUACAGUCGAAGAGUUUUCAAAAUUCAGAGGGCACAGUGAGCGUAGGGUCCAGGCUAAUGAAAUUCCGACAAAUUUGAACAUUUUGAGUAAAUCCACUAAAUCCAAAGUUGAACUAUAUCUGAGUUUGUUUUAUCUACUUCAAACAAAAAGUGAAUACUUGGCUAAUAUUUAUAAAUCCAAGGAUUACAUGUUGAAAAAUACUGAAGAAUAUCAAACAUUGUUAACCAACUCGAUCCAGUUGUUCCCGGUAAUUGAGCCAUCAAUCAAUCGCCAUACAAGGGAAGAGUACUACUAUAUGAAACUACUGCUCUUGAUCAUGCAAAAUGAUAUUGCAAAGUCACAAACCGUCACUGAUAUCACCAAGUCUCAGUUUACUCACUGGACAGAAUUUGUUACUCAUUUCAAUAACCACACAUAUCAAAGGCAGCACUUGAAAUUAUUGGCUGGUAAAUAUAUGCACAAAAUUCUUGAUGAUGAUGAGUUGGAUUUUGAAAGUGACCCUACAAUUAUUCACUCGCAUGUUGUGCCACAUGAUCAUACAAUGAAAUUAAGCAUCAGUCCACAGGAUGCGAUUAAAGUCCCUGAGGUAUCAUCUCGUUUUGUGAACAAUCUUAUGAGUUUGCGUGAUGCAUGUUCGAACAUGAUGAAACUUAUUGAUGACAGCAUUUCACGUUUACCCGUACAUAUUAGAAUCAUUUGCCGCGAAGCUUACCUACUUGCGCGUGCAAACUUUCCUCAACAACUGGAUCAACAGCAUUUGGCAGUUGCUGGAGUCUGUUUCUGGAAGUAUUAUUUUGGUGUCAUAAUUCUGUUUCCGCAAAAUUAUGGAAUAAAUUCGAGAACAUACUUGAAAGGACAAGCCAAUUUGCGUCACUUGCAUAGACUGAUGCUUCAAUUGUUCAGUAUGAAGCCUUUUACCAACAAUUUCUUGAAACCGCUCAAUGAUUUCCUUGUUUCGAGUGUGAAUUCCAUACAAACUACGAUACGUGGCGUAAUUGAUAUUAAAGAAAUUGAUGAAGUGUAUAACUUUGGAGAUUUUGAUGACAUGGUUACAGAGGCACCUAAGUUGACUAUGAAAGCCAACUCGAUGAUAUUCCUUGAAAAAUUAACUUUAUCUAAUGUUGACAUCAUGGUGGGAUCCACAGACGAUUCGUUAUUUAAAGUAACUCAAAAGUUGGAAAGCCUCACCGCGCUGCCUGCUGAUUUGGUAGCUAUGACUGACUUGUCUCGUAUCACCAUUGUCCUAAACAGAAACAUGCAUGAAGAAUCACUUACAGAUUCAAAAACAAAGGUCUUGUUUACCCAAGCAAAGCGUUGCAUGUUGUACAUAAUGCGGGUGCAAGAAGGUGAUGAUUUAUUGGAACUACUCAUUUCAGGUAUAAAGCCAUCACAUGAACAAAAGUUUAGGGAGAUUGUCAGCAUGGAGAAGGAAGAUGCAAUGUCAACUACGAAAAUGUACUACAAAACAUCACUUGGCGACUUGGAUAAGACAACUUACCAUGAUUUGAAGAAAAUGUGUCUUGAUUCAUUAUUGAAGCUUGAAUCUAUGGGAGAAGUCACGAGGAAGAAUUCUUUCCAAGGGUUGUUGAACCAAAUUGCGAUAGACAUAAAAAGCAAAAACACUCAAAGGAAAAGACGGGUGCAAGAACUUCAAGUUUUGGAACAAACAGUCAAGAAAUUGUCUGACAAGGAAAGGUUUUUGCGUCAGAAAUUGAAUGAAUAUAACCACCAUGUAGAUGGUAUUCUCGCAGACUCGCAGCUGAAGCCCAAAGAUAAAAAGAUUUUCAAUAUCAUACCGGUGUUUAGUAAACAGUAUUUUUACAAUCGUGAGUUAAGAAAGAGAAACAGGUUACCCGAAUUUGGAUCUUAUAAAUUAUCAAUCAAGAAACUCAAAGAUCAAAAGAUAUUGCUAAAGACAUCGCCAAAUUUAUUGGAAAGCUCUAAAAUUGAAAUCACAUUCAGUUGUUACCAAGUGGGGAAAUUCACAGUUGAGGCGUCAAAGAACUUGGUGGUGAUUGCUGGAGCAAGCAGUGUAAUUACAUUGGAUGAUUUGUUGACACUCCAAUAUGAACAAAAGAGGACGUUUACUUUGUUUGAUGAUGGUGCUACUUUUGAUGCAAACAAUUUCGUUGCGUUUAUUUUCAAGAAAUUCUAUGAUGUUAAAGGAGAGUAG